GGUUGCAACGUGCAUGGCCCUGAGUGCUUUAGAGGCUUACAGGCAGUGUGUUGGGUUACCGUCUGCUCGAAACGCACUCUGGAUCCCUGUUACGUAUUAAUAGGGUUCUCCCCUUUUCUGCAGCCGAAAUGGUUAUUAAAGUUUUCGUAGCCACCGUUGCAGGGUCCACCGCGAUAAAAAAGAAACAACAGGAGGUGGUUGGAUUUCUGGAAGCCAAUAGGAUUGACUUUGAAGAAAAAGACAUUGCUUGCAAUGAAGACAAUCGGCAAUGGAUGAGGGACAAUGUUCCCGGGGAGAAAAAGCCACAAAAUGGGAUCCCUCUUCCUCCCCAGAUCUUCAACGAGGAGCAGUACUGCGGGGACUUUGAUUCGUUUUUUAAUGCGAAAGAAGGAAAUGAAAUUUAUGUGUUUCUUGGGCUGGCCUCACCACCGACCUCAAAGGAAUCGGAGAUACCCUCUGAUCUUCAAAAUGGUGAAGUUCCAGCGGAAGAGAACGAUGUCAGCGAUAGCGCUCCAGUAACUGAAGAAAAAGACACUUUGGAUGAAAACCAGGAAGAAGGAGUAACUUCCGCUGAAGAAAAGCAGGAAGCAGAGGCAGUAAAUGAAGAAGAAGCAGCCAAGGAAGAAGGGGAAGAAGAAGAAGGUGCAGAGGAAGAAGAAGCUGAAGAGGAAGCAGAGGAGGAGGAAGAGUCCUAGGGAUCUGAUGUGUUAUCACAGAGGUUUCCAGAACGUGAUUCUUGCCACACAAAUGAACUGCACUAAGUCACCUCAUUGCAAUUAUUCUCCACAAUUCUUAAGGACGAUUUGCUACUGAAGGACUACGAAUUAUUCUCAGCUGUCUCUUUUUUUGGUACUUCUGCCCCCAAGAAGAGGUCUUCACGUGCGGGUUUGACCUUGCACUGCAUUUCAGUAGGAUCCGUUCCAAACAGCAUAUUGUGUACACAGUUUGUAAGAAAGUUGGAAAUAAACAUUGUAUUCUUUUUAA